AUGAAAAAAGCAAAAGACUUUUUGAGAGGACCCCAGAUUAAAAAAAAGAGAACAACUGCACCUGCUGAUAAGGAGUAUGGAAUGCUAGAUAAUAAUAUUCUAAAUUUAGAAGAGAGAAAACAGUUUUUGGACAGUUUACCAAAUUCAAAAGCCGAAGUAUUAGAAAUUGAAAUUAAAACAAGAGGGCAAGCCAGGAACACCUGUUGGAGACUAUAUAGAAUUUAUAUACUUACUGCUUCAAAUUUCGGCACAAUAUGCAAAUUAAAGAAAACCACAGACCCAAAGAAAACUGUUCAUAUUAUUUUGUUUUCUUCAAUCACAAAUUCCAAAGCAACAACUUGGGGCAAAGAUCAUGAAAGCCAUGCCAAAGAAGCAUUUAAAACAAAAUUUCAAAAAAAGGUUAAAUAUUGUGGUUUAUUUAUCUACGAUAAACUUCCUUUUCUGGAUGGAGUAAUAAACACGUCGGAAAUAAUUGAAAUUAAGUCCUUUCUCAUGUGCCACAAUGACACCUGA